CGGAGAGAGCAGGUACACGUACAUAGGGACGAGGAGCGGCUUACGCGCGGGGCAAACUCGGCGCAUUGGCGCCCCGAGAAUGCACCUUGCUCUCCCCUUGGCCGACUCCGCAGCUAGGGCCCCGACCUCCGAGCCGUCUCUCCGCGGGGGUCGCCUAUGUGAGCAGAGAGAGCAAGAGCGGGGGUCCACCGGGGCUUUGCUGGUGAUAUAUGAGCGCGCACAGCGACGGCGGGCAACGCUCACCACACGCACCCCCACACUCUGACACACCAUGACCCGCUCCUUCCUCACUGUGCAAGGCGAGCACAUUACGCUCGAUGGCAAGCCCAUCAUCCUCAAGGGCGCCGGUCUGGGCGGAUGGAUGAACAUGGAGAACUUCAUCACCGGAUACCCUGGUCACGAGUACCAGGUGCGCGCGGCGCUGCGCUCCGUGCUCGGGGAGGAGAAGUACGAGUACUUCUUUGACAAGUUCCUCGAGUACUUCUUCACCGAGGAGGACGCGGCGUUCUUCGCGAGCCUGGGGUUGAACUGCAUCAGGCUGCCGGUCAACUACCGCCACUUUGAGGACGACGACAACCCGCGCGUGUUCAAGCGUGCCGGGCUCAAGCACCUCGACCGCGUGAUUGACCUCUGCGCCAAGCACGGCAUCUACACCGUCAUCGACCUGCACGCCGCGCCGGGCGGGCAGAACCUCGACUGGCACGCCGACGCGGGCAACAACCAGGCGCUGUUCUGGGUCCACAAGGACUUCCAGGACCGCACCGUGCUGAUCUGGGAGGAGCUUGCGAGGCACUACCGCGACAACCCAUGGGUAGCAGGCUACAACCCGCUCAAUGAGCCGACCGACGAGGCGCAGGUCCGCCUGCCAGUCUUCUACCAGCGUAUCGAGGCGGCGAUCCGCGCCGUGGACCCGAACCACAUCCUAUUCCUGGACGGCAACACGUUCGGGCGCGACUUCAGCGCGUUCGGCCCGCCGCUCCCGAACACGGUGUACGCGUGCCACGACUACAGCAACUACGGGUUCCCCAACCCGCCCGAGCCGUUCGUGGGAUCCGACGCGCAGAUCGCGUUCCACGAGCGCCACUUUGCCAGGAAGGUCGAGUACAUGCGCGAGCAUGGGCUGCCGGUGUGGAACGGCGAGUUCGGCCCGGUCUACCAGUCGGCCAAGGACGACCCCAACUUCGAGGCCACAAACGAGCAGCGCUACGCCGUCCUCGAGACCCAGCUCUCCAUCUACGCGCGCACCAACGCGUCGUGGAGUAUCUGGCUGUACAAGGACAUUGGGUUCCAGGGCAUGGUGUAUGUCGGCGACGACACGCCAUACAUCAGGCUGCUGGCGCCGUUCUUGGCGAAGAAGAGGGCCCUCGCCGCCGACGCAUGGGGCGUAGACGACACGCCCGUCCGCCACCUCUUCGAGCCGAUGGAGAAGUGGCUCAUUGACGCCGCGCCGACCAUUGAGAAGCGGUACCCGCCCGGUUUCCGCGCCCACAAGCACCUGUUCCGUCAGGUCCGCAACACGCUGCUGUCCGAGGAGCUGUGCCACGAGUUUGCGUCCUACUUCGAGGACAAGAGCCUCGAGGAGCUCGACGCGCUGGCGCAGAGCUUCGCCUUCAGCAACUGCAAGCAGCGCGGCAAGCUCAACGCUAUCCUGCAGGCCGACGGCGCGCGCGAGGUCGUCUAGAACAGUAGUUAGUUAGAGUAAUGAAUGCUGCAUCAUGCCCGUGUCUCCUAGCCCUAGCCUACUCGUCCGCCUCGGGGUCGUACCGCACCGCCUCGACCGAGCGGAGCGAGAGCUCGUAGUAUCCCGUCUGAGGGCCGAGGUGCUCGAGCGCCUCGGCCUCCUCCUCCUCGGCCACCGCCUCCGCAGCCGCAGCGGCGCCGACGCGGUGGUAUCCGCUCGCCGCGGAGCGGGGGAAGAACUUGCGCGGCGCACCCGCUGGCCUAUCAGACGCAAGGAGCGCCUCAAGCUCGGGGUCGACAGCCUCAGAGGCAGACGGCACCCCCCAGCCGCCAGCAGCCGCGCGGCGCCCGGCCUCGGCCUCGGCAGCGGCCUGCGCGCUCGGCGGCGUCGUGUCGGUGCGCCCGCCGCCAAGCAGCGCGAAGCCGACCGUACGCACACGCUGGCGCAUCAUGCCGAUCUGCGUCGCGGCCGUCUGCCCGCUGUUCGUGAGCACGAAGCUGGACAGCGGGACGUAGAGCGUGUGGAACUGGAGCCCUGUCGCGUGGAGCGGGUCCAAGGGGGCGCGGGAGGCCGUCGAGAGCGGCGAGGGCGGCAGGUCGAGGCGGUGCUGGAAGAGAUCCGACUUCACCGGGCCGUCGGUCUGCAGGUUGACGACCCACUUGUCCCGCCACCCCUCCCAGCCGCGGUACGCGACCUCGAUCUUGAGGUGGCUAAACAGCUCGAGGUUCCACGUCUCCUCGCCGAACAGGGUGGGGCGGGAGCGGUUCCGGAACGCAGCGUAGCCUGUACGGAUACGACCGGCAAACUCGGGCGGCACGGCGGUGCUCAGCUGCCCGUGGAACGCCGUGUGCGUUGGCUCCGAGGCGUCGGGCACGGGGGUCAGCUCGGCCGUCGACAGGCCGCCAAUGUCCGCGUCCGACCCCAGAGCAAAGUAUGACGGCGCGGUGAUCGGCGCGCUGCGGCUCGCGGAGGACGCGGCGAAGGUGAACAGCGGCAGCGGCGGGGGCUGCGGGUUCACGUCCAUCGACAGGACCUUGCCGGUGUUGCGCCUGAGCACGUUGAUCGAGCGGUCCAAGUACGUCUUUAGUGGGUGCGCUGCCAUUUUGUUGUGUGUGAGAGGUGAGAGG